UUUCAGGACGGAAUUUUUGAAUAUUUCAGCAUAAAAAGAUAAAAUAAAAUGAACCAAUCGAGCCAGGAGAGUGCCCCAGAGUCCCUGGAUCAGGACCAUCUGGUUAUAAGCCACGAAACACCGGAACUCAUCGCUAAAAUGUCAAAAUAUAUCUUCGAACGCCAAGGAAUCAAAUUGGCGCGUUUUGAUGGAUUUUGGAGGGAUUUUCUGAAGGAUUUCCCGGAAUUUUCUCACCUGGAUGAGACAGAUUUGCGCCUUGCAUUCGUCUGCAACCUCCUCCCAACGCCCUGUGGGAAGAACACCCACAAUUUGCCCAAAGAAGAGUUCUACUAUCUCAAACUGGGAGACUGGGAUCCAGAUGAGCAGGAAGAUUCCGAUCAGGAAGCUUCAACCGCGACCGAUGUCUUUGCUACUGUGGCCCAGAAACUCCAUCGUGAUCGCUUCAGCAAUUUGAGUCUUCAACAGUUCGCCCAAAAUCUCCGUUCUGAGCUCCAUUUGGACGAUUUGGAUGACUCCGAGGAGACUGAUGAUGAGUCCUCUGAUGCAUCAGAUAUCAUGAAUAUCUCUGACAAUUCCUAAUUUAACGAAAUUCCUUCAAUUUUAUUCAUUUUAAUUCGAUUUUAUUCAUAAAUUGUAAAAAAAAGUUCCAAUUCAGACCGUUAAAACAUUUUCAAAAAUGUUCCCGAUUGCAGCGCUCCGUGUGAGAUUUGAAAUUAACUAAAAUCUGACACAU